UCGCGUAGCGCCGUAGCACCAGCCCAGAACACUGUAGAAAUGACCAAGGGUAUGAAAGCGUGUCGAGCGGUGGUGGUGUGCGCGGUGGUGGCGUGGUGCGCCCUGGGGGCGUCGAGCGCGCCCGCGCAGCUAUGCGCCGGCGCAGCCGAAGACGACCCUCGCGCCGCACGCUUUUGCCAGGCACUUAAUACCUUCCUCGAGUUGUAUGCAGAGGCUGCCGGUGAACAGGUGCCAGAGUACCAAGCCCUAGUGCGCGACUACCCGCAACUGCUGGACACGGGCAUGAAGCGGCAGGACGUGGUGCACUCGUUCCUGCGCUUCGGCCGCCGCCGCUGACGCGCGCGCCGCUCCCCGCGCGCCCGCGCCUCCCCGCCACCUCUCCCGCACGAGACACGCAACUAUGCUUGAACUGUCAACACCACACGACUCUGCCCUAUAUCAUUUUUAAUUUCUACGCAAUGUCUAACGUAUAAACCGUAAAUUAAGUUUAUUCGUCCAAAACAUUAUACCUAACAAGUCUAGGAAGUUCCUUAUUAUGUAAGAUAAUGUUUCAAAGGUAUCCGAGCACUGCGACCUAAUACUGUAUUACUUACUAUAAAUAGUUAUAAUGCGCAACGCCGACAACACCCGGCGGUUAAACCUCUCUCUCCAAAUUUUAUUACAUAAUUACAAGGAUAGACUUUUUCUAUAAUAAAAAGUACGUAUUAAUAAAAGUAUUAUAGAUUUAAGAUGCUGUAAUUAACAAUCUUGUUGUCAACUUUUUUGUCGCAAUUCAUUUGGUAAGUAAGAAUAUUAAAUAUAUAAUGAUUACAAUGUUUUAAUUAAAUAAAUAAAUAUUUAUGACAAGCCCAGCGAUUUU